AUGGGGAGACUCUUGGACAUUACGGGUGAUGUGGGUACGUACUAUCUUGGAGUUGCGAGAACCGCUCGAGUUAGUGAAGCAGUUAUGCGUCAGCGAUGGAACAUCAGGGGGAACAGGAGUAGGCAUUUUCAUGCUCUUCAUGACCGUAUCCAGAAUGAAAGGGUACCUCUUGACGAGCAUGGCAGAGACGUGGUGCUAUGGAAGCAUGCGGAGAACACUUAUGAAUCACACUUCUCAUCGAAUAAAACUUGGGAUCAAAUACGGGUGAAGAAGGAUAAGGUGGUUUGGAGCAAGAGUGUAUGGUUUCCACAGGGCGUUCCUAGAUACUCUUUUAUUGUAUGGCUGGCAAUAAAGGAUCGCUUAUCAACCGGAGUGCGUAUGAGGGCUUGGGGUAUACAGCAAAUUUGCUUGAUGUGUGGAGAAAGGGAUGAGUCGAGGGACCAUAUCUUUUUUGCUUGUCCCUUUACCUUCACUGUUUGGAACAGACUUGCAGGCCGGUUAUGUGGUAGAAGGAUCAAUCCUGACUGGAGUCUCACUUUGCAGUUUGUUACUAGAAACUCUCUUAGCAGCAUGGACAAGAUACUUGUCCAAAUGGUGUUUCAGACAUGCAUCUAUUACAUGUGGAAGGAGAGGAACGACCGGAGACAUUAA